CAUGUUUUGCGAUACGAAACCAGAAUAUAGAAAUUAUAGUUUAUUUCUUGAUUCAGUGAAAGAAUAUGAAGUUGCCAUGAAUGAAAAGAGAGCGGAAUUGGCAUCGCAAAUAACGGAUAAAUUUUUUGGCGGAGAUGUUCCAGAUGUUUUGAGUAAAAUCAGCGACGAUUUAAUUAAUGAAUGCAAGACUGUUAUGUCAGAAUCACCGUCCGAUAAGGACCUCUUCAAAAGAUGCUCGCAGGUUAUUUUGGAUUUUCUUAGUCACGAACCGUUUCAAGGAUUUCUUUCAUCCAUGUAUUUCAAACGAUAUUUACAGUGGAAAUACCUUGAAAGCCAAAAAGUUACAAAAAAUACAUUCCGUAUGUAUCGAGUAUUAGGGAAAGGGGGUUUUGGUGAAGUCUGUGCUUGUCAAGUAAGAGCAACUGGUAAAAUGUAUGCUUGUAAAAAACUGGAAAAGAAAAGAAUAAAGAAAAGAAAGGGAGAGGCAAUGGCGUUGAAUGAAAAGCAAAUAUUGCAAAAAGUAAACUCACGAUUCGUAGUAAGUUUAGCUUACGCAUUUGAAACCAGGGACGCUUUAUGUCUUGUUUUAACAAUAAUGAACGGAGGAGACUUGAAGUAUCAUAUACAUAAUAUGGGCUUAAACGAAGGCUUCGAUGAGAAAAGAGCCUUAUUUUACACUGCAGAAAUCUGUUGUGGUCUACAACAUUUACAUCAAGCUAGAAUUGCAUAUAGGGAUUUGAAACCGGAAAAUAUUCUAUUAGAUGACCAUGGUCACCUUCGAAUCUCUGAUUUGGGUUUGGCAGUUGAAAUCGAAGAAGGCGUUACAAUCAGGGGUAGAGUUGGAACAGUCGGCUAUAUGGCUCCGGAAGUUGUUAAGAACGAGCGGUAUACUUUCUCUCCGGAUUGGUGGGGUUUGGGUUGCAUUAUUUACGAAAUGAUCGAAUGCAGGUCGCCUUUCCGAUUGAGAAGAGAGCGAGUAAAGAGAGAAGAAGUCGAUAGAAGAGUCAAGGAGGAAAGAGAACAGUAUUCAGAUAGGUUUCCAGAGCACGCUAAAUCUCUUUGCUGUCAAUUAUUAUGUAAAGAUUCUAAAUCACGCCUGGGGUCUAACAGUAGUGAGGAUGUUAAGGCUCAUACAUGGUUCAAAGAUAUUAAUUGGAAAAGACUUGAGGCAGGAAUGGUAGAACCUCCUUUCGUUCCAGACCCAAGAUCUGUUUAUGCCAAAGAUGUUUUGGAUAUUGAGCAAUUUUCAACCGUAAAAGGUGUAAAUAUUGACUCAAGUGAUAGUUCAUUUUACUCAAAAUUCUCCACUGGUAGUGUUUCAAUACCCUGGCAAAAUGAGAUGAUUGAAACAGAAUGUUUCAAAGAACUUAAUCAAUUCGGACCAGACGGUGAGCCCUCUGAUGAUUUAGUAGAGGAUUCACUACCACAACCUCCGAAAAAAGGUGCUCGUUAA